CUACCUUCGUUGAAAGAAACCGUGGCAGUGAAGAGUUCACCUGAGCGUCAUACACCCCUCCUCCUUUGUCACACCUCCACAAUAAGAGCUGACCCUCUAUUCCAGAGAUGAUUGGGACUAGAGGACUACCUGAGAGAAGACGGUCACAAGAGAGAAGACGCACAGACAGAGAUAUUGAUAAAUCAGGGUGGAGGGACCGAAGGUUUAUCACUUUAAACUAACACAACCCAGAGACACAGGUGAGCUGAUAAGGCAGUCUAGCUCAGUUUGUGUGUGCUUUAGGGUAGUAGACCUUGUCAGUGUUUCAGAGUCAGGGGCGCUUUUCGCACAUGGAACGUCUAGAGAGCUGUGUGUUCUAAAACUGUAGAGAAGAGCGAGAAGAGCAAAUACACUGAGAAUGCAUAGAAAGACUGCUUCCUGUUCACCUCACUUGUGUGGAAACAAAGAUAGACACCGAGCUGCCUAAAGGUCAACUGGACCCUUCAACUGAGUGACCUCCACUUCAGCCUAAAAGUGUUGAACUCACUGACAGUACACGCCAUUAAGUCCAAGAUGCCUCUGAAGACCACCUUGUACCUCAAAUCAGCCAGCAUGCGCUGGCCCCGCAAGCAGAAGCGCCGUGAGCUGCUAUCAGUCAACAUGAUCAGCUUACCCUUGGGUGACUUCCGCCACCUCUCCCACAUCGGAUUGGAUGCCCACGGGGAUGUCUUCGGCGACCUCGCAACCUUCCAGCGGACCGGAAGUCUUAUCCUCCACAGCUCUCAAAGCCACCAGGACCUCUACUCCAACACCACCCCCAAUGAGACCCCCCCACCCCCACCCAAGCCCCCACGCCUCCUCAGCCCAGAAGAGAUGGAUGCACAGGCCUCCAAAGCCAGAACCCAUCCCCAGGCUUCCAGGCACCAGAGGUGCCUCUUUCUGCCUUUACUGGAUGUUGUGGAGGUGGUGGCGCAUGACAGGUUGCACCACGAAGAGGAGGUAAAGCAGGAGCAGGAAAAGAAGGAGGAGGGAGGGUUAACGAUGGGGCCGGAUGGAUCCGAAUUGAACACGGCCCCCCAACAGGCUCCUUGUCCCCCAGUGGAGGCCCCUCCAGGGGUCGAUGAAGACUCGUCGUUUGUCCUGAACCUUGACUUGGGGCCGUCCAUACUAGAAGACGUGCUGCAAGUGAUGAACCAGCUUCACCAAUGAGACUUUGAGAAGUGUGGCCCUCGUGUAAUAUAUUUUAUUCCAAGGGCCUUUCAAGCAACACAACAUAUAUAGGGGAGAAAGGGGUUAUGUCAUGGAUGGAAAAAUGAGCUGGACUAUUUUCAAUUGCCAGGAUGAUAAUUGGCACAUUUAUUUUUAAUUACUGUCUUCAUAGAAGACAGAUUGUAUAAUAUUUUCUUAUUUUGGAUGCAAGAUGAUAUGGGCCUCUAUUGUUAGUUUGGCUAACUAGGGCAAUGUGUCAUAUCUGGGUCAACGCUUUGAAUAGUUGCCUUUCUCAGGUGAAAGCUCUGUGAGCCAAUGACACUCCACCUGGAUCAUGUGACUUUUGUAACUCCGGUGUAUAGAGGAGACAUGUUGUGAAAGGUAAGAAAGACAGACGGUUAACUACUUAUGAGACAUAGCUCUGAGGCAGAUGUUUAUCUGACAACUUCUAUUGUGAAACACUGAAAUAAGACUGGUGGAUUUAGCUUUUCAAUGUUUAGGCCUACUAUACAGGGACAAUGAACACUAGCUCUCCCAUAGUCAGACAUAUUUUUAUUUUACUAGGCAAGUCAGUUAAGAACACAUUCUUAUUUUCAAUGACGGCCUAGGAACAGUGGGUUAACUGCCUGUUCAGGGGCAGAAUGACAGAUUUGUACCUUGUCAGCUCGGGGGUUUGAACUUGCAACCUUCCGGUUACUAGUACAACGCUCUAACCACUAGGCUACCCUGCCACCCCAUAUGCAGUAGCAAUAAGGACAGAAGCUGGGUCAUUCUACGAAAUGAGUCCCUUUUGCGUCCCUUUGAUAAUUUAAGUAUAAAUUGUGCACCAAUCUAACAUUUUAAAAGCCCUUUUUAAAAUAUGAAUCAAUACUUGCUAAAGUGCCAAAUCUAUGCACCCUCUGUGACUUCUAGGAAGAUUUUAACCCACUUAACCCCAACAUUUCUCCAAGUUGUCACCAUCAUUGUAAAGCCCUAGUUGUUUGGUUGCUUUGACAAAGUCAUUUCUUCAUGUGAUUAGUGAUUCAUUUUUAGGUAAAAAAAAAAAAGUGUCCCUCAUUUUAAGGUCAACCCUGUUAAGUGAACUGAACUCUUGUGUUAAUAUGGUGAAACUGUUACUUUAAAAAAACAUUGAACAUCUAAUAGUCAAAUCAUAAUGUAACUUCUGUUUUUUUGUGUUGAAAUACUGAGUGGGUCAAGCAUAACACGUCAAACUUGUUACCCAUAGAUUGACAAUUACACAUUUUUGUAUAGCUUGCAUUCAAUUGCUCCUUCCUGUUGCAUGGGGAUUUACUGCUGAUUUAAGAUGAAAUCGUCAACCCUGUUAUAUUACAGAAUGUUAAAAUUAGGUGAAAUAAAAUGUUAUUUUGGGGGGGGGGGGGCAAGUUGCACUACCCAAAAGGGACUUAUUUCUUGAACGACCCAGCAGACUCACAAGAGUGUAUACAGAUAGGCCUAUUUUAUAUUUCUUGUUUUUCUUACCAAGGGGAAAGUUCAAAUCUUUAGGAAUAUAUAACUGUAUAAGUCUAUUAUAAGUUAUUACAGGGUUUAUGGUGUGACUGUGAACAGUAUCAGUCUAUAAUAAAUGUCUUUAGAAAAUCAGA